AUGACUGUGUCAUUCAUUUUGGGCUUCACUGCCGCAGCCAUCGUGCUGCAGGUCAUUCGCAUGAUCGUGAACUCAUGGCAACAGUCUCGUCAUGCCAAAAGGUUGGGUUGUGGCAGCGCGCCACUCUACCCGUGCAAGGAUCCCUUUGGAAUCAGCAACCUCAAGCAGUCCCUGGCAGCCGAUAAGGAGAACCUGGUGCCAGAGCUGGCUGAGAACCGCAUCAAAUUGAUGAGCGAGCAGGAGAACCGCUACGUCACGACCUUCUCUAUCCAGAACUUGGGCCGCACACACCUGUUUACCAUCGACCCCAAGAACAUUCAAGCUCUUCUGGCUACCCAGUUCAAGGACUUUGAGCUCGGUUCCGUCCGUCGGGAUAGCAUGCACCCACUGCUUGGCACUGGUAUCUUCACCGCCGAUGGAGAAGAAUGGUCCCGCUCUCGCGGCUUGCUGCGACCUCAAUUCACCCGUGAACAGAUCAGUCAGCUGGAUUUGGAAGAAGGCCAUGUCCAGAAAGCCAUGCAGGCAUUGCCCGUCGCGGCCAACGGCUGGACGGCCGCGACUGACAUCCAAUCCAUCUUUUUCCGGUUGACCAUCGACUCCGCAACAGAGUUCUUCUUUGGCGAAAGUGUUGAGAGCCAACUCGGCGCUCUCCACAACCGCAACAGACCCGAAGACUCCUUCGCCGCAUACUUCGACAAAUCGCAAUGGGUCUGCGCACAGCGCUCCCGCUUCGAGAAACUGGCCUUCCUCGCCGAAAACAAAGAAACCAAGCACUCCGACCAACAAGUCCACGCCUUCGCCGACAAAGUCGUCUCCAACGCCCUCGCUGCCUCAGCAGAAAAGAAGCCCGGAGACGGCUCCUACGUCUUCCUCGAAGCCCUCCUCGAAGUAACCCGCGAUCCAAUCGAGCUCCGCUCCCAACUCCUCAACAUCCUCCUCGCAGGCCGCGACACCACAGCCUCCCUCCUCAGCUGGACAACCCUAAUGCUAGCCCGCCACCCAGAAGUCUUCACCAAGCUCCGCGAAACCAUCAUCACCACAUUCGGCACCUACUCCAACCCACAGAACAUCACCUUCGCAGCUCUCAAAUCCUGCCAGCCCCUCCAGCACGUCAUGAACGAAGUUCUGCGCCUGUACCCAGUCGUCCCAUUCAACCGCCGCAACGCAGCCCGCGACACCACCAUCCCCCGCGGUGGCGGGCCAGACGGCGAAGACCCCAUCUUCGUGCGCAAGGGACAAUCCGUCAUCUACACGACGCAUGUGAUGCACCGUCGGAAGGAUCUGUGGGGACCCGACGCAGACGAAUUCAAGCCAGAGCGCUGGGUCAGCCGCAAGGCUGGCUGGGAAUAUAUUCCUUUCAAUGGCGGUCCGCGGAUUUGUAUCGGGCAGCAAUUCGCGCUUACGGAGGCUGGGUACGUGCUUGUUCGGCUUUUGCAGCGCUUCGAUACACUUGAGGAUGUGAAUCCUGAUCAGAAGAUUCGCUAUGGUCUUACUUUGACUAGUGCGCCUGCUGAUAAGGUCACUGUGCGUAUGCACCAGGCUGAAGAUGCUUAG